CGGUGAACCGCACCGUGGUCGUCAUGGCAGCUCUGCGUGGUCUGCUCCUUCUCUUCACCGCUUCUCUGGUUCUGGGAUACUCUCAAGACGUUCCGAACGACAUCCCAGCCUACGCCAGCUCUGACGAUGACAGCGGUUACCUGGGCGCUCUCGUAGACCUUUUGAACAACGGCCUGGCAGGCGCCCUAGAGCCAUCGAAACGUGGAACGGACGAGGACGGAGGAACGGACGAGGACGGAGGCCAGGAGGAAGGAGGAACGGACGAGGACGGAGGCGAGGAAGAAGGCUCCGAUGAAGGCCCUAAAGAAGUACCAGCACCCACGGAAAAGGCACCAACCUUUGACUGCGACGCCAACCAGACCGUGUCGUUCAACUGGAGAUGUGACGGCGAAGAAGACUGUGCCAACGGGAAGGACGAAGAAGACUGCGCCGGUUUCUGUGGGGACAAUGGCUACCCGUCAGCCGAGUGCGCAUGUGACAAGUGCAACUCUGCCCGAAACUCUCCCGUCUGUGCCUGUCCCUUCGCUGACUGUGAAUCAGACUUGCCGGAAUCUUGUGAUGGCGCAGAGACCUUCGAUGAGCCGCUGUUCGGACUGAGCGCUUUGGGUUCCAAACAUCCGUACGGCGGAAGGGUUGCCGCACCUUGCUACGAGACUAUUCAGUUGUUUUUCGUGGCCGACGGUUCGGCCAGUGUCGGCGCCAUGAAUUUUGAGCAGGUUAAGAAGUUCAUGAGCGACGCCGUGGACUCGUUUGUGAUCGGGCCCGGCCACACCACCGCUGCAGUCAUACAGUACGCCUACGACUACCGACACGAAAUAUAUCUGGGCCAAUACCAAGACAGCGUUUCUCUGAAGAACGCCAUCGCUUGCAUCCAGUACCUGGACGGCGGCGGCACGCAGACGGCAGCGGCCAUCAACGCCAUGGUGAACGCGGCUAUCCAGGUCCCCACUACCGGCAAGCGGAUGGGCAUGGUCAUCACUGAUGGGCGGAGUCAGGCGGGGAGGACGACUGUUCUGGACGCUUCCAACUAUGCUAGAGAUAACGGCUUCACCAUGUACGCUGUGGGAGUCGGUAACGCCGACAGCGCCGAGAUGCUCCAAAUCGCCGGCGACUCCAGCCGAGUCAUGCACGUUCAAGACCACUCCCAGCUGGUGUUUGAAACCCUCAGACCACAAAUACAAGGAGACUUCUGCCCAGAUUACACGAACUGGACCAUCUCCUGUAACGGAGACUCCAUGACGGUGGCCAUCCUGCGGUCCCGGAUGCCCUCGCUCUCCGCCACGGACCUGCACCUGACCGACCCCUCCUGCGGCGCCACGGACAACGGCACUCAUCUCGUCCUCACCAGCCCUCUCACCGGCUGUGGAACUUCUAGUUCCGAGCAACCUAACAACAUCGUGUACCGUAACCGUGUCACACAAGACUGGAAGAGACGGGCCCACAGUGAACCCAUCAUCAGGGACUGUGGGUUCAUCCUGGACUUCAGCUGUGAGCUGCCCCGACACAAGACCGUGGUGGCCGACUAUAACCCCAUCGUCCAGCCGGACCGCUACUCGGAGCGGGGAAACGGACAUAUUCACGCCAUUCUCAGGUUCUGUCGCGAGCCCGGCUGCCCGGCUUACAUCACGGAGUACCCGGUCAUGGCGCGUGUUUGUGAGGACAUCUAUGUGGAGAUCCAGCUCAUCACCGCCGAUCCCGACCUCAGCAUGCUGACGGAGCGCUGCGUGGCCAGGGACACACCGACAGUCGCCACCGGCACCACCGUGUACGAGCUCGUCAGAGAUGGCUGCCCCGUAGAUCCGACCUAUCACGAGUUAGCCGCUCCCAAUCACGCCACGGACCGCUUCAAGUUCGAGGCCUUCAAGUUCGUCACCGACUUCCCGAAAGUAUACCUGACCUGCGACCUUCUAGUCUGCAAGGCCUCUGAUCCUGCAAACAGGUGUGCCCAAGGCUGUCAGCGCAUGGUCAUACCGAUCGGGAAGCGGAAGCGGUCGGCGGACGACAGGAUGGAGCUGAGGCGGACCGUCGUCAGCGGGCCCCUGGUCAUGGAGAUAGACGGCGAUCGGAAAUACAUGGACACUAUCUGAGCAUCAGGUGCAGAAAGCCGACUUGCUGUCGACACCGUCAGCAAGAUGAAAGACUGACUUUUGCGAGUUUGAAGGAAAAAGAGUACUAAAUAUAUAAAUGUAUAUAAAUGUGAUGUGAGAAUAUCGUUUGUGAGAUUAUUAGAAAACAACGCGUUGUGGCAUGAUGUAUAUAGUAGAACGACAUUUCUGGUAGGGCAUUGUAUAAAUCUGUUAACAAUUUUGUACCAAUAUUGUCUUGUGAAUUAAAAAAAUGUCAUAGAAUGAAUUUA